AUGGUUGAGUUGGUUGUGCAUCUUCCAAAUGCUCACUUUGUUCUUUCUACCUCUGAAUGUUUGGUGAAUGAGGAACAGCUUGAAGCACCUUCUAACACAGGUGUUAACCUUUGUGGAAAUGUUUCUGUUGUGCCUAAAGUGAGUUCUAAUAUCAUGGAAAGGAACAAUUCUCUAGUACAUCCUUCUCGAAAGUCCAAGCAGUCUUCUACUAGAGAUGAGGUGAAUGGAAAUGGCAAAGCAAGAAAGCAGGUGACUAAACCACAUAUUGUUGAUGAUCUUGAGGAUGGGACUUGUAAUGACGGUGGUCUAGCCGCUGUACUACCCCUCACGUAUGCUAUCAAUGAGGAUAAAGACAACAACAAUGGUGAUGAAAAUGAUGAACAUAAUGUGGAACGUGUAUCUGCAAAGAGGAGAACUAAGAGGUCAAAGAAAUCUGUGAAUGAAAGUGAAAAACCUCCUCAAAAAUGUAAGACAGCUAAUCAACCUCAAAAGCUUAAGGAGGUCAAUGAAGCAUCAGAUAAUCCAGAAAAAGAACAGAAGAAGAAAUUUUCUCAUUCAACUCGUAGAAAGAGAAGAUUUGUGGAUGAGUCUUUACUAAACACGCAGGAGGAUGAAAUUGACUUUGCAAGGGUGGCCUUAAAGGAUCUCAUUCUACUUGCUGAUUAUAAGGAGCGGUUAGCGAAGAAAGAGGCAAAAACUUUAGGAAUACCUUUGAUCGAUCAAAGUAAUCAAAAGACUUUCAAUGAGGAAAAUGCUCGUGAUGAAGAAAGCUCCAUUGCUUCAGAACAAGACCAAGGUUUUACGGAUGAUCAAGUGAGUGGCAGCGCCAAAUCAAGUUCCUACUUUAAUUACCAGACUUAUAUGGGCAAAGAACCCAGAGUAAGAUGGUCAAAGCUAGACACAGAGUUGUUUUACUGGGCCAUUCGGCAACUUGGACCUGAUUUUUCAUUGAUACAACAACUUUUUCCUGGAAGAAGUCGUCAUCAGAUCAAGCUAAAAUUUAAGAACGAAGAGCGUCGAUCUCCAUUUAAACUCUCUGAGGCUUUAGCAAGUCGUGCCAAUAGAGUGGUGAUUGAGCAGUUGCGGCAAGUUUCUGGUGCAGAUCCGGAGUCUAAUGGAGAUGUUUCCACUGAUUUCACACGUGAAGAGGAAGAGUUCACUGCCGGAACUAAUGUAUGCUUCCUUUUCUUCAACUUUUUUGGUCAUAGGAUAAUAAAUUGCGAUGAUGCCAUGUUGAUGCGGCGGUAA